AUGUCAACUAGUGAGAAUGUGAGAUCAACGGCAUAUCGCCGUCAAGGCCCAACCAAACGCGGUCAAUCGGGCAUCACAGUCAAGAAAGUGUACCUCUUCAUUUACAAUCUCCUGUCCACACUUGCGUGGUCCUACUUACUCUAUGUUACGAUCCUCCACCUUGCUGGCGUCAUCCCUCCCCUAUCACCAUUCCAAUCCACUGCCUCGGCCAAAGCAUCGCUGCUUGUCAAGACCCUAAUCAAUCAGCUCCCUCUGACGCUUAGGAAUGCCUCGCCUCUAACUCAGGCUAAAGCGAGAGUGUGGGAAAACAUUCCCUCUGAGGUUGUUAAGCCUUAUUUCGAGAGGGCCACCACCCUAUAUGCUCGCAUUGGACCAGAAGUCGCGCUUAUUCAGACAACGGCCAUCCUGGAGGUUGUGCAUUCGCUCCUUGGGCUUGUGAGGAGCCCCUUUACUACGACACUCGCACAAGUGGCUAGUCGCCUUUGGACUGUGUGGGGCAUUGUUGAGAGGUUUCCUCAGACCCACUCGAACCCUCUUUAUGCAUUGAUGGUGAUUGCCUGGUGCAAGGCUGAGAUCAUUCGCUAUACUUUCUAUGCAUUGAGCAUAUUGGGCUAUGAACCUUAUUCCAUCAAAUGGCUAAGGUAUUCCGCGUACUACGUCAACUACCCUAUUGGAGCGUCCUCGGAAGCUUUUCUCGCCUUCUCGACACUCCCACCUCUAACAACCAUCUCGUGGACCCUUGAUGAAUAUUUCCGCCUCAUAUUGUUCCUUCUUUGGUGGCCGGCUCUACAUGGUUUGAUGUCAUAUAUGUCGAGUCAACGGCGGAAGGUCCUCUUCGGCAAGACAAAGACGGCCUAG